CCCCGGCGGGCCAAAAUGGCGCUGGCUGCGGGGCGGCUCGGGGCGCGCGCUCUGCUCCGUCCAGGGGCCCUGCUCCGGGGCGCGGCCCUCGGGCGCACGAGGCGCGCGGCGGGCAGCGGGGACGGCGCGCGGCGCCAGGCGAGCCAGCGGGUGCUGAUGGAGGCGGACGCGGGCGCAGGGGUGGCCGUGCUGAGACUGAGGAACCCCCCAGUCAACAGCCUCAGCCUGGAGCUGCUGACGGAGCUGCUCAUCAGCCUGGAGAAGCUGGAGAAUGACAAGACCCUCCGCGGCAUCAUCAUCACCUCGGACUGCCCCGGUGUCUUCUCAGCCGGCCUGGACCUGCUGGAGAUCUGCGGGCGGAACCCGGCGCAUUACGCCGAGUACUGGAAGGCUGUGCAGGAGCUGUGGCUGCGGUUCUACCUCUCCAACAUGGUUCUGGUGGCCGCCAUCAACGGUGCCUGCCCAGCCGGCGGCUGCAUCAUCUCCCUGAGCUGCGACCACCGUGUCCUGGCCGACAACCCCAAGUACACCAUCGGCCUGAACGAGACCCUGCUGGGCAUGAUCGCUCCCUUCUGGUUUAAGGACACACUAGUGAACACCAUCGGGCACCGGGCAGCGGAGCGUGCCCUGCAGCUGGGGCUGCUCCUGCCACCGGCAGAGGCCCUCCAGGUGGGCCUGGUAGACCAGGUGGUACCCGAGGAGCAGGUGCAGGCCGCCGCUCUCUCCGAGAUGGCACGCUGGAUGGCCAUCCCAGACCACGCUCGCCAGCUCACCAAGGCCAUGAUGCGGAAGCCGACCGCCGAGCAGCUGCUGAAGCAGCGGGAGGCUGACCUUCAGCACUUCGUCGACUUCAUCUCCAGGGACUCCAUCCAGAAGGGGCUGCAGGGGUACUUGCAGAAGCUGAGGCAGAGGAAGGGCUGAGGCCGCACCGCCUCGGGGGCAGACCCGGCUCCUGCCAGGGCCACCCACGAGAGCUUUUUCUGCGCAGCAGGAUGAGGAGCUGGAAGGCCCUGGAAUGACGAGGCCACCUGGCCAGGGUGAGAGCCCUAAGCUGCAGGCAGCCACUCGGGACCGUGGCACCGGCUCCACUGAGCACGCUGCAGAGUCAGGAAUAAAGCCCUUGGGUUGCCUCUCC